UCCCUCGCCUCGCCUGCCCAAUCCAUUCCCUGAAACCAAACCCGCGCCUCCUCUCCUCUCCUCGUCUCCGGAUCACCGGAGCUGACUUCCUUGUUCGCGUCGAGCCUUCGCUGCUGCGGUCGCGUGGGAUCUGUGCCGCUAGCUCGUCAUCUCUCUCGCCCGGUCUCAUGGCGCAGCGCGACAAGAAGGUGGAGGAGCCCACGGAGCUGCACGCGCCGGAGAUCACUCUCUGCGCCAACAGCUGCGGCUUCCCCGGCAACCCGGCCACCAAGAACCUCUGCCAGAACUGCUUCCUGGCCGCAUCCGCUUCCCCUCCGGCCUCAGUCUCGCCGCCGCCCCCGUCGCCUUCUUCCUCUUGCCCGGCGGUGUUCCCGCUGGUCGACAAGCCGAGGCCAGCUCCUGUCCCGGCGGCUCAGCAGGCGCCGGUUUCUCUGGCCGUUGACCUGCUGGUAGCGGGGCCGGCGGAUUCGAAGGCGUCGCGGUCAUCGGUCAACCGGUGCCACAACUGCCGGAAGCGCGUGGGGCUGACGGGGUUCCGGUGCCGGUGCGGCGAGCUGUUCUGCGGCGCGCACCGGUACUCUGACCGGCACGACUGCAGCUACGACUACAAGUCGGUCGGCAGGGACGCCAUCGCCAGGGAGAACCCCGUCGUGCGCGCGGCCAAGAUCGUUAGGUUCUGAGAGGAGGAAACCGACAGAGAUCUCUCUGAAAUUUCCUCUCUUUUUUUCUCCCUUCUCUUUCUCUUUUUCUUAUACAGAAUUAAAGGUGGUCGAGAGUGUUCUUGUGCUUGAGAAUCCUUAAGGAGUGGAAGAAAAAAGAGAUCAUGGAUUCAUGGGGCAGGCAGAGGCAGGAAGGGAAAGAAAAGAAGAACAGUGUGAUGAUAAUGUUGAGGUAGUGGUGGUUGGGGGUGGGGGAGGAUGAGAUGAUAGGUUUGGUGUGUUGUCCUAUGAUCACAAUCUCUAUUUUACUUUCUUUUGUAUAAAAUAUUUGGCAUCACUUAAAAAAUUACUCAGCUUGUGCUACUA